AUAAACUUUACCUGUUAUUGUCAUCGCUAUUAUUAACUCUUAAAUUAUUUUCAUAAUGUUUAGAGGUGAUAAUCCGCACUCUCUAAGUUAUGAACAGCAAGCUAAGUUCAUUCAAGAUCGGAUUACUAAUGUGGAAAAGAACUUUGGAGAACUUUGUGUUGCAUUCGGUGAUUACACCAGAAAAACAGCCAGAUUACGUGAUAUGGGAGAUGAAUUGGUUAAAGUGCUUAAGGAUUACGCCAACAACGAGAUCGUAAAUAAAUCUUUGAGCAACGGCCUAGAAAACCUCUCUACUACAUUAACAGCAAUUGAAGAAUAUAGAAAUUGCGAAGUACAGCGGCUAGAAGCUAAGGUGAUUGGAGAGCUGUGCCAAUACGAAACAAUUUGUAAACAUGCCAGAGAAGAGCUUAAGCAUACAAUGAACGUCCGCGAAAAGGAGCUCGCACGCAAGAAAGUGCUAGACAAAGCUAGAGAGAGGCAGCCGUUUAACCGACAGCAAGUUACAUAUGCAGAAUCUGAGCUUCUCAAGGCGUCUGCGGAAAUGUCUCGUACUGCAAAAGGUUUGAGUGAGCAGACAGAGUUCUUCGAGCGGCGAAAACUACAGCAACUCAAGACGCUUCUUUCAGACUUUGUCAUGAUAGAAAUGACUUUCCACGCGAAGGCAGUGGAAUUACUUACGGUUGCUUAUCAACAGAUCAGUGACAUCAAUGAUAAAGCUGACCUAGAGAACUUCAGAAGAAAGCUCCGAUCACCUGAAAAACAACCCAAUCCUGGAAUGUCCGUUAGAUCUUCGUCUCUCGCUUCGCUCAUGAAUCCGCAGUCUCCCACGAAUGAUGACGACUCUGCGGAAUCUGAGGAAACGGAUGAAGAUUCUUCCGAAGAGACUGAAUCACGUUGA